CUCUCAAGUUUCCAGAAGGAUCCAGCCUACUUACCAAAUGCUGUUAAGAAAAAUGUUAUUUAGGUAUAAUCUUAGGGUCAUUGUAAAUCACAGCAAAACCUGGUUUCCUGUUCCCUGUUUCCUGGUUACCCAAUUUCUGCUGUUUCCCCUCCCACUGUUGUUUUUCUAUAUUUUCUGCUGAGCCAAUUAGAGAAAGACUCAUUUUCAGACAUAGAUCUGCCAGAGGAAGGCCCACAGCUGUUGGGAACUGCAGGAGUCUACAAGAUGAACACCAACAUGUCUGCAGUGAACUUCAUGAAUAUGUCUGGGAGUACUCGAUCAGUAUCUGCUGGCUACAUUGUUCUGGAUAUCUUCUCAUAUUUGAUCUUUGCACUCACCUUUGUGCUUGGAGUCUUGGGCAACGGGCUCGUGAUCUGGGUGGCCGGUUUCCGCAUGAAACGCACUGUCACCACCAUCUCUUACUUGAACUUGGCCAUUGCUGACUUUUGCUUCACCUCCACUUUGCCAUUUUACAUCGUCAGCCUGGUCAUGGGAGGAAUAUGGCCAUUUGGUUGGUUCAUGUGCAAGUUCAUAUAUACUGUAAUAGACAUAAACCUAUUUGGAAGUGUCUUUCUGAUUGCCCUCAUAGCAUUGGAUCGCUGUGUUUGUGUCCUGCAUCCAGUCUGGGCUCAGAACCACCGCACCGUGACCCUGGCCAAGAAGGUAAUCAUUGUACCCUGGAUUUGUGCAUUUCUCCUUACUUUGCCAGUUAUCAUUCGUGUGACCACAGUCCCUAAUCGACUUGGACCAGGGAAAACAGCCUGUGCUUUAGACUUCUCACCCUGGACCAAAGAUCGUGCAGAAAAGGAUAAAGUAGCUAUCACCAUGUAUACUGUCAGAGGAAUAAUCAGGUUCAUCCUUGGGUUCAGCACUCCCAUGUCCAUUGUAGCUAUUUGUUAUGGGUUAAUAGCCACUAAAAUCCACAGGCAAGGUCUUAUCAAAUCCAGCCGUCCCUUGCGAGUUCUCUCUUUUGUUGUGGCUGCCUUUUUCCUCUGCUGGUGCCCAUUUCAAGUAGUGGGCCUCAUACGCACAAUCCAAAUCCGUGAACACUUGAGGAACAUACCUCAAAGCACUCUAACUGCUAUGAAAAUCACAAGCUCUUUGGCUUUCUUCAAUAGCUGCCUCAACCCAAUCCUUUAUGUCUUCAUGGGCCAGGACUUCAGACAAAGACUAAUCCACUCCCUACCUGCCAGUCUAGAGAGGGCCCUGAGUGAGGACUCAGCUCAAACCAGUGACACAGGCACCAACUUGGGAGCCAACUCUAUUCCUGAAAACCCAGCAAAUGCAAUGUAAAAACAGGGAUUUAGCUUCCAGAUUCACAUGCUUUGAGUUCCACUGUGCUAUAGUCACUCCUUGUUGACUUUCAGGCUACAGGCUCAUUAGGAAAACUUGAAAUGACCUUUUAGACUUUUGUACCUCAACCCAAGGUGGCCAAUAAAGAAAAAACCAUAUAGACUGAAAUAAUUACAAAUGACAAUACUAUAGUGUCAUUACCAGUAUGGUCCAUUUCUAGUCCACUCUCAAGUUGUAAACUCGAAAAUUCUAGUGAGUGUCCUUUUGCAGGAAAUAGGUAUAUGCUCCCUUUAGAAAAGGGAGCCAACCCUUAGAUUCUACCUCACACCAGUCAGAAUGGCUAAGAUCAAAAAUUCUGGUGACAGCAAAUGCUGAUGAGGAUGUGAAGAAAGAGGAACACUUCUCCAUUGUUGGUGGGAUUUCAAUCUGGUACAACCAGUGUGGAAAUCAGUCUCAAACAGUUCCACAGAAAAUUAAACAUUGUAUUACCUGAGGACCCAGCUAUACCACUUCUUGGCAUAUACCCAAAAGAUGCUACAACAUAUGACAAGGAUACACGCUCCACUAUGUUCAUACCAGCCUUAUUUGUAAUAGCCAGAAGCUGGAAACAACUCAGAUGUCCCUCAACAGAGGAAUGGAAACAGAAAAUGUGGUACAUCUACACAAUGGAAUACUACUUGGCUACUAAAAACAAUGACUUCAUGAAAUUCUCAGGCAAAUAGAUGGAACUAGAAAAUAUCAUCUUGAGUGAGGCAACCCAAUCAAAAAUAUACAUGUUAUGCACUCACUGAUAAGUGGAUAUUAGCCCAAAAACUCGGAAUACCCAAGAUACAAUUCAGACCAUAAGAAGCUCACGAAGAAGGAAGACCACAGUGUGGAUGCUUCAGUCCUUCUUAGAAGGGGGGACAAAAUAUUCAUGGGAGGAAUUACAGGGACAAAGAGAAGAGUUAAGCAGAGACUGAAGGAAAGGCCAUCCAGGGAUUGUGCCACCUGGGAAUCCAACCCAUGUACAGCCAUCAAACCCAGUCACUAUUGCUGAUGCCAAGAAGUGCUUUCUGACAGGAGACUGAUGUGGAUGUCUCCUGAACCUGAUGUGGAUGUCUCUGCCAGAGCCUUACUGAUACAGAUGAGGAUGCUUACAGCUAACCAUCAGACUGAACAUGGGGACCCCAAUGAAGUAGUUAGAGAAAGAAUUGAAGGAGCUGAAGGGGUUUGCAUCCCCAUAGGAAGAAAAACAAUAUCAACCAACCAGACCCCCUAGGGCUCCCAGCGGCUAAACCACCAACCGAAGAGUAUACAUGGAGGGACCCAUGGCUCCAGUUGUAUAUAUUGCAUUGUCUUGCAUCGAUAGGAGGAAAGCCCUUGGUCCUGUGAAGGCUCAUUUACCCAGUGUAGGGAAACGCCAGGGUGGGGAGAUGGGAGUGGGUGGGUAGGAGGGAAAGCCUCCUCUUAGCACUAGGAGAAGGGAGUAUGACAGAAGGGGGUGAACUGGGAAAGGGAAUGACAUUUGAAAUAUAAAUACAUAAAAUAUCCAAUAAAAAUGCAAAAAAAAAGAAAAA